UAUCACACCUGGCUUCCCGCCGCAAUUCAGACACUGAUUCGCGCAGUGGGGGGCGUCACCCGUGUGAGGGCCCCCGUCUUUACCGUCAACAGAGUCGCUUCAAGAGCUCACGGCAACAAUAACACGCUCUUCACAAUGGCGACAGAGCAACAGCAACUUCGGGAGGUGCAGGAGAAUGGGGCUGUAGAGAGACCAGCGAAAAAGGCAAAGCUGCGAGGGAGAGCUUUCUACGAGAGCAUCGGGAGUCCCAAGGUCGUGCUUGCGCCCAUGGUCGAACAGUCGGAAUUUGCCUGGCGAAUGCUCACACGCUCAUUCCUCUCGCCCUCGGAGCAAUCCAACCUCCUGUCCUACACGCCCAUGUUCCACUCCAAGAUGUUCUCUGAAAUGCCCAAAUACCGCGACUCGCACUUCCAACCCCUUAAAUCCGCCCUUCCAUCCCCCGUCGACUCCUACCACCUAUCCCAAUUACCCGAAUCGGAAUUGAACCUCGACGGAAACCCGGCCUUUGAUCGACCACUCACUGUACAGUUCUGUUCCAACGACCCAGACGACCUGCUGAAUGCGGCGAAACAUGUGGCUCCUUUCUGCGAUGCCGUGGAUCUCAAUCUUGGCUGCCCUCAAGGGAUCGCGAAGAGGGGCAAUUAUGGCGCUUUCUUACAGGAAGAUUGGGGGCUAAUCGCCAGCAUGAUCAAGAGACUAGACGAGGAGCUCGAUGUGCCCAUCACAGCGAAGAUGCGGGUCUUGGAAACGAGAGAAAAGACUCUCGAAUACGCCAAGACCAUCCUGGAUGCGGGCGCCAGCAUCCUCACUGUGCAUGGGCGGAGAAGAGAGCAGAAGGGGCACAACACGGGGCUGGCAGACUGGACCAUGAUCCGCUAUCUCAGGGAAAACCUUCCCAAAGAAACGGUUCUCUUCGCGAAUGGCAACAUCCUACAGCACGAGGAUAUAGCGAAAUGUCUAGCAGAAACGGGCGCGGACGGAGUCAUGAGUGCAGAAGGUAAUCUGUACGAUCCCACCAUCUUCGCAGAGCCGCCCCCAGUAGGAGAGGAAGGACGCGAGUACUGGCGUGGAAGAGAUGGAAAGGGAGGAUACAGAAUGGACGCCGUAUUCCGCCGCUAUAUGGAUAUCAUCCACAAAUACGCACUGAAACAGCAACCACCUUCCCGGAAACCUCUCUUCCUGCCCUCCGACCCUGUCGACGUCGCAGAUGAUACACCCCCUGCUCGGGACACAGACGAGCAAGAAGGCCCUCCUAAGAAGAAAGUCAAACUUCAGCAACUCAUAACCGACAAAAAACAACCUCAGAUCAAAAACCCAAACCUCUCCGCCAUGCAAGCUCACCUCUUCCACCUUCUGCGCCCGCUCGUCUCACAACACCACAACGUGCGAGACACACUGGCCAAGACACGCACAGGCGACAUCGAAGGAUACGAAAAAGUCCUCUAUCUAGUCGAAGAAGCAGUGAAAGAAGGUCUACUUGCAUACGAAAAAGAACAGUCCUCUCACCCUUCCGCCUCGACCUCCGAACCCGCCACCGUACCACAAAAAGAAGGUGAAGAGCUAGACGCGCACACAUCCUCCCUCGCCACCGUCGCCCGCUGCAAACGCCCCUGGUGGGUCUGCCAACCUUAUGUCCGACCACUCCCCGUCGAAGCCAUUGCCAAGGGUUCCAUGUCCCUCAGCAAAAAGGAGAAGAAAAAACUCGCGGAGCAGCAGGAAUCCGCUACUGCUGCUGCUGAGGCUAAAGCCGUGGGACUUCAGCCAGGCGGAAGGAUCGAGAAGGAGAGCGUCGCUGAUGGCAAGGGGGAAGCCGAGGUCGAGGUCCCUAGGGAUGGUGUGGUUUGUGGGUGA